AUGUAUACAUGUGUCGAAGAGAAAACGAAUAAAUUCAUGGUCCAAACUCCGAUAUGGAGCUUUUUUAAGAAGACGACGACAAAAACCGGAGACGUUCGAGCCGUUUGCGUCGUCUGCCAUAAAUCUCUCAGGUUUCACAAUACGUCGGUUAUGGUGAGACACCUCAGAUUCCUUCAUCCGAAAGCGUACGAGAAUUACAGGAACGAAUACAUACAGGGGAGAAUGGGAGUGGGUUAUCACAUAAGGGGAGGGAUAUUGGGUCUUCCUCUCACGUCACCGAGAAAAGCGAGAUUGAAAAAGGACAGAGGGGAAGAGAGGAAAAUGAGCGCGAAGGACGAAGUUAAAAAAUUGAUUGUUUUAAAGGCGAAAACGAAAAAGGAGGAAAGUUGCGUCAUCACCGAGAAAGAUUUAGAACAAUUGGGACAGGGAAACAUAAAGAUAUUGAAUAUAAGCAACAAGGGUACGAUACCCGACGUCAUGGGAGAGCAAAUAAUCGAGGAUUUGAAAAAGGGGAAAACGUGCGUGGCCGUGUCGAAAUUCGAGGACUCGCCGGAGCAAGAAAUGGAAAACAUUGACAUUGCGGAAGAGGAAUUUUCUCUCAAGGAGGGGAGACAGUAUAAAUUCGUGCAAGUUCCCGCGGAAUAUUUGGAAUAUUUGAAAAGCAGCGGGUCGGAAGUGGCGGAAGAAGGGGAGGAAUCGAUGAAAGAGGAGGGAACGGCGGAAGUCAUACAAAUAUUGGACGAGGGCGACACGUUGGUCGAAGCCGGAGAACAAUCGGAUUCCGAAUUGUUGCAAAUAUGGGAACAAUUAUCGCCGCAACACGGAGUUUUAGUUUGUUCCGUCGAUCAAAGCGGGAGAACGAGACAAGUGGAAGAAGCGACAGCCGAUGAGGGGUCGUCGGAAGAAGUCGGACAAGUCGAAUUUAUUAUAGCCAACUGA